AAAAAUAUUAUUGUUGAAAAAGUUGUCUCAUAGCUCGAUAGAUGGCGUUGCCGCAAUUAAAAGCGAGCUAUGGUUUCGUUACCGGUAAGACUAUAAGGUAAAAUUGAUUUGUAAGACCAAAAUAUAUACCAGCUUAGAACAGUACACAGAGGCGGUUUUAUUUAUCUUCACCCCAUCUUGUGUAUUAGUAGGUCAGCAGAUCACCUAGUAGCUUAGCUAGGAAACAUUGGUCCUACGACCCGGAUCGUUUGGACAGUUUUUUUGAGUUCAAAACGGCCACCGCGUUGGCCGCUUUUCCGCGUACUUGUAGUGGAUCGCUACAGAAAGGUACGCGAGUCCUCCGCACUAGCGGCGACAGCUUCACACAGCAUAGGCGGUGAGCUGAGCCAGCUUUGGCGGAUUAGUUCAACGAGUGGCCACCAGAGGGCGCCACACAGAUCAUCACCACUAGAAGACAGCAAGGUGACGCAGAAGCAGCCGGCACGUGACGUCACAGGGGACGUACGCAUAGUUCCACUGGCAGCCACUUGCAGUCACAGAGGCUGCCAUUUCCAGCCACAGAGGGCGCCACUUACAGGACCAUAGAGUGUUAGUGUGAAGUGCAACUGUGAGUACUCUUUUCAUUGUUAUAUUUCAAAAAAGUUUCAAGCAACUUUGAAGUCUAUUCUAAAGAAAUUUCGGACUUAGAAUAUUUAUCGGAUUGUGAUCUAUGAAGAAAAGACUUAGUUUAUUUUAACUUAAUUUUGUCUUAGAGUAAUUUGUGCAUGUUAGACUUAGAAUAAUUUUAUAAAAAACGAGGGAACGAGGAGUCUAUGCCGGAUUCCCGUCCCAGUAAAUUAUUAAGUUCAAACACUUGUAAAAUUUUUAGUAAAUUUUUACACUUAGACUAAUUUCUUAGUUGGUCACUUAGAAAAAUUCAUUAAAGUAUUGUUUUUGUUAAGUUUAAUUAAAUUUUAUUAGAGUUGUUAUUUUGGUCAAUAAAAUGGAAGGGUUAGUUAAUCUUUUAAAGGAACUUCAAAAUGUUAUUCAUCGUGGCUUGACUAAUUUGAAAAAGUCGCCUAAAGAAAGAUUGUCUGUUGAUUAUAUUCAAACUAGAAGAGAGUUAUUAGAACGGGACUGGAAUUUGUUUGUUACUAAUUACACUAAAUUGCAUGAACAAUAUGAAACGCAAGGGAUUAAAAUGUUAUCGGAAUUAUAUGAUAGUACAGAAGACACAUACAUCACAUACACAUGUCUGAUUAAGUCUAUGCUUGCUAAAUAUGAUGUUCCUAAGGCUACUAUUCCUGAACCUGGUACUUCUAGUAACUCAAAUAAAUCAAGUACAAACUCUUUUGUAAAAUUACCAAAAAUAUCAAUUCCAAAUUUUAGUGGCAAAUACUCUGAGUGGACAACUUUUAGAGACCUAUUUGUAUCUCUCGUGCAUAACAAUAGUAGUUUAGACAAUGUUCAGAAAAUGCACUACUUAAAGAGUCAUCUUAGCGGUGAGGCUGAACAGCUUGUGAGACAAACACCGGUUUCCGAAGCAAAUUAUAGUCAGUGUUGGGCACAAUUAGAGAAAAGAUACAGCAAUAAAAAGUAUUUAGUUAACUGCAUUUUGAAACGUCUUUUCGGGUUAAAACGUAUGCAUGUUGAGUCAGCGAUUUCUUUAAAAGAGUUGUUAGACACAACAAAUGACUGUCUUAACGGUUUGAAAAAUCUAAAGGUAGAUGUGACAACUUGGGAUGUUAUUAUCAUCCACAUAGUUACUUUUAAGCUCGAUUCAGAAACGCGGAAACAAUGGGAAUUAAGUCUUAGUAAUCACGAUUCCAAUGAAUUGCCUACUUAUGAUGAAUUUGCUACGUUUUUAGAGAACCGAUUCCGCGCUCUUGAAUUUAUAGAACCAAAAAGAAAUCUUCAAAAUCAGAAUAAUCAUUCGCAUGUUGCUAAAUCAAUGGUAGUGAGUUCAAGUAGCAUACGUUGUGAGUAUUGUAACGAGUCUCAUAAACUGUGCUUUUGUAAAAGAUUUGCAAAGGAACCCUUGGAGGAAAGACGUAAUUUUGUAGCGCAACACAACAUUUGUUUUAAUUGUUUAGGAGGUAAUCACACGGUAAUAAACUGUAAGAAGCCAACAACUUGCAAACUUUGCCAUAAGCGUCAUCAUUCCUUGCUGCACCCAAAUCUGGACGGUACUAACAAAAGAGAUACUGCAUCAAAACCUACUGUCGUUGAAGCUAGUCCUUCGACUAGUUCUGCUCCAGUAGUCUCUUGCAUAUCUACCAACACGGUUCCUGUUCCUGGACAAGUUUUACUAGCUACUGCUCUAGUAAAAGCGGAGUCCAAGACGGGUAACUAUCAGGUAGUAAGAGCUCUGUUGGACCAAGGUUCACAGGCUUGUUUUGUGACCGAGGACACAGUGCAGUUCUUAAGGCUUAAGAAAAUUCCCAUACAUGGAAUGGUGUCAGGAUUAGGUCAGAAGUCAACUAUAGCGAAAUAUAUGGUGAAUAUAACUAUUCAAUCCAGGGUAGAUUCAGGUUUUAAAUUAAAUUUCAACGCUUACGUCAUUAGUAAAAUUACUUCAUAUUUACCGGAUCAAGCCUUAAAUAAAAAUACUUUUAACUGGCUCGAUAUCACCAACUUACAGUUGGCCGACCCACAGUUCAAUCAACCUAGUAAAAUUGAUAUUUUACUAGGUGCAGAUGUUUAUGGUUGCAUAAUAAAAACAGGCAUAAUCAAAAGUCCAACUGCUACUUUAAUUGCUCAGAACACCACAUUAGGAUGGAUUCUAUCUGGUGUAGUACAUAGGUCAAACAUUAACAAUAGUUCAAGUUACACACAACCAUGCGUUAGUGUAGCUCACGCUCAGUUCAAUUUAGAUCAAAUUCUUAAACAGUUUUGGGAAAUUCAAGAUCAGACUAGUACAAAAAAGGUUCUUUCGCCAGAAGAACAACAAUGUGAAGACUUUUACAAGGCCACAACUAAAAGAAGAGCAGACGGUAGAUAUGAAGUCCGGUUACCAUUCCGAGUUAAGGAUCCGCAGUGCACAGCAGGUGAUUCUCGCGCUAUAGCUGAAAACAGAUUAAAAUCAUUAGAGAAAAGGUUGGCAAAGAACACUGAGCUAAAGGAAAAGUACACGGAUGUAAUUGAAGAAUACUUACGUUUAGGGCACCUGCGACCUGUGAAACAAGAUGACGGUAAAAAAGAAAUAGCUGUGUAUUUACCCCAUCACGCCGUCGUAAGAGAAGACAAAACCACUACUAAGGUUCGAGUUGUGUUCAAUGCAUCCCAAAAGAACAAUAGAGGAGUGUCUUUAAAUGAUACUUUGAUGGUUGGACCAACACUACAAGCGGAGUUGAGGCACACAAUUAUGAGAUGGAGAACUCACUCUAUUGGACUGGUAGGAGAUAUAAUUAAGAUGUAUCGUCAAAUUAGAGUGGCUGAUGAGGAUGCUAUGUUUCAAAGGAUACUCUGGCGGAGCAGUCCUAACGAGUCGAUCAAAGACUAUGAACUCGUAACAGUUACUUUUGGAACAGCGUCGGCACCUUACCUGGCAGUCAGAACUCUCCAUCAAAUUGCUUACGACGAAGGCGACGAAUAUCCUCUCGUGUCUGAAAAGGUACUAAGUUGCUACUAUAUGGAUGAUUUACUGACUGGAUGCGAUGACGUAACUACCGGCAUCCAAAUCUACAAGCAAAUGAAAGAACUUUUAGCCAAAGGAGGAUUCGAACUUCAAAAGUGGAGCACUAACAAUAAAGAGUUAUUAGAUCAAAUUAAUACAAUAGAAUAUAAAGUAGAGAGCAACGAAGAAAAUGAGAGUAAAGCUAAAGAUAGAGAUCAAAAGGAAUUAGAAAUGAAAUUAGAUAAUACUAUGAAGAUCUUGGGACUUACCUGGGAUCGUAAUGAUGACUCCUUCCGGUACACCGUCCAUCUUCCGCCGCUUCAGAAUACACCUGCAACAAAAAGAACUGUAAUCUCUGAUAUAGCUAGAUUAUUCGACCCAUUGGGUUGGUUAGCGCCCACAAUAGUUGUAGCUAAAAUCUUUAUACAAAAAUUAUGGCUCGCGGGUCUCGGUUGGGAUGAACCACUUACUAAAAAUUUAACUGAAGAAUGGCGUACUUAUCGGGAAGAGCUAACAUUACUUACAGAAGUUCAUAUACCUCGUUGGCUGGGGAAAACCAUAGAAACCGACGUAGAGCUCCAUGGAUUUUGUGACGCGUCGAAGGUAGCAUAUUCCGCUGUAGUAUACAUGCGACUAACUAAAGACGUAGGAGAGGUCAAGGUGUCAUUGUUGGCUGCAAAGACUCGCGUGGCACCAAUAAAACAAGUAAGCAUUCCUCGCCUAGAGCUGUGUGGGGCAGUUCUCCUGUCACAACUAUUGAUGGAAACUGCUGAGGUGUUGAAUAUACCCAAGGAUAAGGUUAAAGCGUGGACAGACUCUACUGUGGUGUUAGCCUGGAUCAACAGCCACCCCAGUAAAUGGAAAACCUUUGUCGCCAAUAGGACAUCCGAAAUCUUAACCACAAUGACGGCUUCGCAGUGGUUCCACGUGUCGACUAAAGAUAAUCCAGCGGAUGUUGCCUCGCGAGGGUUGUCACCAGGGUUGUUUACGCAAAAUACAAUGUGGUUUUCAGGACCACAGUUUCUGAAAGAAAAGGAAAUUAUUUAUAUCAGACCAAAAGAUUUAGAGAUCAAUUUAGAACAGUCGAUUAAGACUCAUGUAGGAGUUAUUAUAUCAGAUGAUUUUGACUUACUUGAGAGAUUUUCUUCUUUGUCAAAGUUAUUAAGGGUUGUUGCAUAUUGUCGUCGGUUCCUAAACAGAGAUACCAGAAGCAAACAUUACCUGCAAAAGAAAGAGAUACAUGAAGCAUUAGAAUGUUGUAUAAAGAUAGUACAAAAGAAAGAGUUUUCAACAGAGUACAAACAAUUAUAUGAUAAAUCAGACUUACCUUUGAAAAAUAGCACACUCAAAUCCUUAUGUCCUUACCUUGAUGACAAAGGCAUUAUGAAAGUUCAAGGACGAAUAGAUAAGGCUCCAUUGGAUGAACUAAUAAAGCACCCCAUAAUCUUGCCCAAGAAGUCACAUUUUACCCUACUCUUAAUUGCGGACGCUCAUAGUAAAACUCUACAUGGAGGUCCACAAUUAAUGAUUAAUUAUUUGCGAACCGCUUAUUGGAUCAUUGGUGUAAGAGAACUGGUGAAGCUAUACGUUCGCAAGUGCAUCAUUUGUGCGAAACAAAGAGCAACUAUUCGCAAUCAAAUGAUGGGUUCGCUUCCAUCUAUUCGCUGCUCUCCGGCAAGGCCGUUCCUGCACAGUGGCGUUGAUUACGCCGGUCCAAUAAAUAUUAGAACCACUAAAGGUAGGGGACACAAAUCGUACAAGGGCUACAUAUGUUUGUUUGUGUGUAUGUCUACACGCGCUCUUCAUCUCGAAGUAGUCAGUGACAUGACCACACAGGCAUUCUUGGCUGCCUUUAGACGAUUUGUGUCUCGACGAGGCCACUGUUCAAAGUUGUGGAGCGACAAUGGUACCACGUUUGUUGGUGCUUCUAGGGAACUUCAGCAAAUUUCAACUUUGCAAUCAUCCAUUGCAGAAAAUUUAGAAGCAAAUGGCACUGAAUGGCACUUCAUUCCCCCUCAUGCACCCAAUUUUGGCGGUCUAUGGGAAGCGGGGGUGAAGUCCACAAAAUACCAUAUUAAGCGCGUAAUAGGCGAGUCUACUCUCACAUAUGAAGAGCUCAGUACAUUCCUUACUCAGGUCGAGGCUUGCUUGAAUUCACGGCCUAUUAGUGUUAUUCAUUUAGACGAUCCAGGAGAAUCUAUGCCUUUAACUCCGGGACAUUUUUUAAUCGGAGAACCGUUUGUUUCCGUACCGGAUUACAAUUACGAGAAUGUUUCAGUAGGUUCUCUAACAAGGUGGCAAUUCGUGCAGCGAAUGCUGCAAUCCUUUUGGAAGCGAUGGUCCAGUGAAUAUCUUACGAAUCUAAUGAACAGAUAUAAAUGGUCUUUCAUUGUUCCUGAACCAAACGUUGGAGACGUUGUUCUAAUUAAGGAGGACGAUCUACCUCCAAGUCGUUGGAUGUUAGGACGUGUAGUCGAAAAGCAUCCAGGGGAUGAUAAAGUCACUCGUGUUGUCACAUUAAAAACCAAAACAAGCAUUAUUAAGAGGCCAACUAACAAACUGUGUAUUUUGCCAGUAGCAGAUAAAUAGUAUUUUAAUAACUACAUGCUUUGUAUCAUCUCAACUUGUUAUGCGUGAUGAACAUUUUUGUUUAGUUGUAAGGUUUAUUUUAUAUAGUUUUUGUUGAAGAUUUUACUUACUUUGUUUACAAGUUUUGUUUAAGUUUACUAUUAAGUUUUCAAAGUUUAUUUAAUGUUAAGAAAAACAGUUGUAAUUUUACCCGUUAAUGAAUUGUCUUUUUGUUAAACCUGUGCAAAACCUAUUUUUAUAUUAGUUACUUUUAUUAUUAGUUUAAGGACAAAUGUUAAGAAGGACAUUCCGCCACUAAAUGUCCUUGGUGGGCGGUAUGUUCAAGAUCAUACUUAUUGUUUAGGUCAAAAAAAUAUUAUUGUUGAAAAAGUUGUCUCAUAGCUCGAUAGAUGGCGUUGCCGCAAUUAAAAGCGAGCUAUGGUUUCGUUACCGGUAAGACUAUAAGGUAAAAUUGAUUUGUAAGACCAAAAUAUAUACCAGCUUAGAACAGUACA